AUGGGGAACUAUUUCGAUAGCCACGGAAAAGUCACAAAAUCGACUCAGCUCGACCCCUCCAAAAUUUCAAAUCUUCGGAUGUUUAUGUGCAUGGUCGGACUAUGGACAUGCCUUUUCCUGUCGGCAUUGGAAACCACGAUUGUUGCAACGGCCCUAAACAAGAUUUCAAGUGAUCUAGACUGCCUGGGUGAGUCCACGUGGAUUGUUGUCGCCUAUUUGCUCACAUACAAUGGAUUUCUCCUGCUCUUCUCCAAAUUAACCGAUAUUUUCGGGCAAAAAAGUUUACUCAUUUUGGCCCAAGUACUCUUUCUGGUCUUUUCGAUGGCCUGCGGUGCCGCACAAACAAUGAAUCAACUGAUCAUCUUUCGCGCAUUGCAAGGUAUCGGCGGCUCUGGUAUCUACUCUACCGUGUUCGUCAUCAUCACCAAAAUCAUCACUGUCGACAAAAUUGGCCUCUACACUGGUAUUCUGAGUUCCGUCUUUGCCAUUGCCAGUCUCCUCGGGCCCAUUCUUGGAGGAGUAAUUGUCGAUAACACAACGUGGCGCUGGGUCUUCUUCAUCAACGGACCCGGUAUCGUUCUUUCACUUGCAUUCGUCAUCCCCGGUAUCCCCGGGUUAGGCGAAAAGAUCUUAGACAAGCAAAAUCUCCGACGAGUGGACGUUAUUGGUGGUCUCCUGUCCCUGGCCUGGCCAACGUUGCUGGUAUUUGCCUUGGAAGAAGGGGGUGAUUCGUAUGGAUGGGGAAGUGGUACGAUCAUCGGCACUCUCGUCGGUAGUGGUGUCAGUCUGAUUGCCUUUGUGUCUUACGAAAGAUGGGUACAGAAUCGGUCUCAGCAAGAGCCUAUUCUUCCCAUCCGGCUUUUGAAGAGUCCGAAGCUAUGCCUCAACUUAUUGACCAUGUUUUGCCUCGGCGUGUGUUUCUACGCGUCUAUUGUUCUCCUCCCCCAACGUUUCCAAGCCGUCGACGGAAUGUCUCCGAUGAGCGCCGGCAUUCACCUACUCCCCUUUACGAUUGUAUCUCCGCUAUUCUCUAUAGUGUGCGGUGUGGUGCUCGGAAAAGCUCAGAAGAGUGCCAUUUACCUCAUGAUGGCCGGGGCAGCGCUGACCGUGGUCGGUGUAGCCUUGAUUGGGAGUAUUCCAUCAGGUGCAACAAGCCUCAGCCCUGAAGUAUACGGAUACGAGGUGGUUUUGGCCGCGGGGUCAGGAUUCAUGAUGCCACCGCUCAUCAUGAUGCUGAAGACGGAAUUUAAUGAUGCCGAUUUAGCUUCUGCCAUGGGCGCCAAUAACACUUCUCGAACUCUGGGAGGCUGCGUCGGCCUCGCUGUCUGCUCUACCGUGCUUCAUUCCGACCUGAAGAGUUCACUCGCCGCCUUUCUGGGCCCGAGCCAAGUCACUGCGGUGCUCAAUUCAUCGGUCAACCUCACAUCUCUGACUGAAUCCCAGGGGAUUCAGGUCAAACAGGCUUACUCGAAGAGUUACAACAAUCAGUUUCGCGCUCUCCUUGCUUUUGCUUCCGUCGGUAUGGUUGCUGCCAUCGUGUUGGGCCUCCUAAGAACGCGGCAGGUCCGCAGACGUCCGAUUUCCAUCGUUCAAGGAACUCUUUUGGGGUUGGGAAACCAUACGGACACGGAAAACUAA